ACAGCCCCAGGGGCGGGGCGUUGCUAUCCUCCCUGCAGAGCACACCCGGCCUGCCCUGAGUGACCACAGGUGUCCCCGUGGUGCUCACCUGCACCGGCUGCGAGGAGCAGGGAGCUCCUCAAAGAGCUCAGGAACGGGCAGGACAUGGACACAGUGGUCUUUGAAGACGUGGUUGUGGAUUUCACGCCGGAGGAGUGGGCCUUGCUGAAUCCUGCUCAGAGAAAACUCUACAGAGAUGUCAUGCUGGAGACCUUCAAGCACCUGGCCUCAGUAGAUAAUGAGGCUCAGCUUAAAGCCAGUGGGUCUAUUUCUCAGCAGGAUACUUCUGGAGAAAAAUUAUCCCUCAAACAGAAAAUAGAAAAGUUCACAAGAAAGAAUAUAUGGGCCUCCCUUUUAGGAAAAAAUUGGGAAGAACAUAGUGUUAAAGACAAGCACAACACCAAGGAGAGACAUUUGAGCAGAAAUCCAAGGGUGGAGAGACCAUGUAAAAGCAGUAAAGGUAAUAAACGUGGAAGAACCUUCAGAAAGACUCGAAAUUGUAAUCGUCAUCUGCGCAAGAAUUGUUGUACUAGUGUAAGACGGUACGAAUGCAGUCAGUGUGGAAAACUCUUCACCCAUUCCUCAUCCCUGAUGAGGCACAAAAGAGCUCACUCUGGACAAAAAUUAUAUAAAUGUAAGGAAUGUGGGAAAGCCUUCAGUCGCCCUUCCUACCUACAGACGCAUGAGAAAACUCACAGUGGAGAGAAACCCUAUGCCUGUCAAUCUUGCGGGAAGACAUUUCUUCGUUCCCACUCUCUCACUGAACAUGUAAGGACUCACACUGGAGAGAAACCCUACGAAUGUGGGCAGUGUGGGAAAGGCUUCAGUUGUCCCAAAUCCUUUCGCGCACAUGUGAUGAUGCACGCCGGAGGGAGACCGUAUGAGUGCAAGCACUGUGGGAAAGCCUUCAGGUGUCAGAAAUCCUUUCGAGUCCAUAUGAUCAUGCACGCCGGAGGGAGACCGUAUGAGUGCAAGCAGUGUGGGAAAGCCUACUGCUGGGCAACAUCCUUUCAACGACACGUGAGAAUUCACAAUGGGGAGAAACCCUAUAAGUGUGAAAAAUGCGGGAAAGCAUUCGGUUGGCCCUCAUCCUUACACAAACACGCGAGAACGCAUGCUAAAAAGAAACCUGUGAGUGGGAGCAGCGUGGGAAAGUCUUCCGCGAGGCCUCACCCCUCCACAGAUGUCAAAUCGCAAACUAGAGAGAAAGUCUAUAAAUGUGAAACGUGUGGGAAAACGUAUGGUUGGUCCUCAUCUUUACACAAACAUGAGAGAAAGCACACUGGGGAGAAACCUGUAAAUGCAGCCAGUGUGGGAAAACCUUCAGGUGGGCUUUGCUCUUCCAAAAAUGUAAGAACGCAGAUUGGACAGAAGCCCAAUAAAUGCGAAAAAUGUGGGAAAGCUUUCAGUUGUCCCAAAGCCUUUCAAGGUCAUGUGAGAAGGCACACAGGAAAGAAAUCCUGUACAUCUAAGUAAUGGGGGAAAACCUGUGCAAAUUAAUUCACAUACAUGGUUCAGAAAAUUCACAGCAGGAGGGCCGGGCGCGGUGGCUCACGCCUGUAAUCCCAGCACUUUGGGAGGCUGAGGCAGGCGGAUCACGAGGUCAGGAGAUCAAGACCAUCCUGGCUAUGGUGAAACCCCGUCUCUACUAAAAAAAAAAAAAUACAAAAAAUUAGCCAGGCGUGGUGGUGGGCACCUGUAGUCCCAGCUGCUCAGGAGGCUGAGGCAGGAGAAUGGCAUGAACCCGGGAGGCGGAGCUUGCAGUGAGCCGAGAUGGCACCACUGCACUCCAGCCUGGGUGACAGAGCAAGACUCCAUCUCCAAAAAAAAAAAAAAAAAGAAAAUUCAUGGCAGGAGAAGAAUCUCAUGACAUUUAUAAAUAUGGUAUUGCCUUUAUCAGGACCACAUCCUAAAAGUGGGCCUCUAGCAAAUGAAUUUGCAGUUCUCUUGCAGGUAAAGUUGAGGGGAGAAUCCUGUAAGUCCUCUCUCAUCUAUAGUACUGAAAUUUUGAUACAUAAUGGUUUUUUCUUAUAAAUUACUAAUGUUUCUCUUUUCAUUUAGAAGUGUAUUGCACCCAUGGGUGAUUUGAUGUAUUUUAAUAUGCAUUAACUUUAAUUUUUAUAUAAUUUUUUUGUUACUCCGUGUGAGGCCAUUAGACCAAUGAAAUAUUGGUGUUUGUUGACAUUUUCUGACUGGCCCUGUGUGUUCCAAGCUGGAUAUUACCAACAUGUUACUUUUAUUCCACCUUUCCAUUUUACAGGGAAAAACUAUUUUUAAUGUUAAUACUUUCUACUUAUACAGGCAAGUAAUUCAGUGGCUUUAUGCUAUUGGUCAGAGAAUCCUUCUUCAUUUUGCUUGUGGGCUAAUAGGUAGUUGGUAGAAAUACGUAUGCAUGUAAAUUCUUGGAGGAGUGUAGUCUCGUAGAAACUAUUUUUUUCAUCUGUUGCUGUUUGCUCUUUGACCUGGCUUCUGGGAUGGAAUUGGAAAAUAGGGUUUUUUUGGGUUUUUUUUUCUUUUUCUUUUUCUUUUUUGAGACAGAGUCCUGUUAUGUUGCCCAAGCUGGAGUGCAGUGGCACGAUCUCGGCUCACUGCAACUUCCGCCUCCCGGUUUCAAGCGAUUCUCCUGCCUCAGCCUCCCAAGUAGCUGGGACUAUAGGCAUGCACCACCAUGCCCAGCUAAUUUUUGUAUUUUUAGUAGAGACGGGUUUUCACCAUGUUGGCCAGGGUGGUCUCAAACUCCUGAAAUCUGCCCGCCUUGGCCUCCCAAAGUGCUGGGAUUACAGGUGUGAGCCACUAUGCCUGGCCGUAUUAUCAUUAUCUUAAUACCUCAUUGUCUCAGUAUUUCUUGUGCUUCUGUGUUCCUGCUUCCAUGACAGAUACAAUGGUACAACCAUAAAAACACAGGGGAUUGCGGCUGGGCGCGGUGACUCACGCCUGUAAUCCCAGCACUUUGGGAGGCUGAGGUGGGCGGAUCACGAGGUCAGGAAAUCGAGACCAUCCUGGCUAUCAUGGUGAAACCCCGUCUCUACUAAAAAUACAAAAAAUUAGCCAGGUGUGGUGGCGGGUGCCUGUAGUCCCAGCUAAGUCCCAGCUACUUGGGAGGCUGAGGCAGGAGGAUGGCGUGAACCUGGGAGGCGAAGCUUGCAGUGAGCUGGGAUCGUGCCAGUGUACUCCAGCCUGGGCGAAAGAGCGAGACCUGUCUCAAAAAUAAAUAAAUAAAGAAUAAUUUUUUUAAAAAGCACAGGGGAUUGUUUCCCUACUGCAUCUACUGUGACCUAGUAUUCUUCAUGAGAUAAAUCUUACCUUUCAUGAGAAAAUGAAAGACAAUACUGGCUUAUCAGGCAAACUCUGGGAAUUUCCUGUCACAUAGAGCUGAAUACAAUCUCUCAGUAUGUGUUCAGUUAUUAUGUUUGAUUAUGUAUUAUUAAAACAAAAGUUUCUGUUUCUGAGAAAUAUCUAUUUACUGUGUUUGUGUUUUUAAAGAAGUUGGAUUCUAUACAAAUGGAUAAAAUGUUUCUUAGAAACAGCCUAUUUAACUGAGUUUUUCAAAUAAGUUGUAUACUAACAAAUGUCAAUCUCUGUUUUUUAUUUACUGGGAGAAUGUAUUAAAAUAUUGAAAAUUGCCGAAUCAACAUGGUGACUUUAAAAAUUAUACUUCUGGGCCAGGCACAGUGGCUCACGCCUGUAAUCCCAGCACUUUGGGGAGGCCAAGGCGGGCAGAUCAUGAGGUCAGGAGAUCGAGACCAUCCUGGCUAACACGGUGAAACCCCAUCUCUACUAAAAAUACAAAAAAUUAGUGGGGUGUGCUGGUAGGUGCCUGUAGUCCCAGCUACUCGGGAGGCUGAGGAAGGAGAAUGGCUUGAACCCGGGAGGCGGAGCUUGCAGUGAGCCAAGAUUGCGACACUGCACUCCAGCCUGGGUGACAGAGCGAGACUCCAUCUCAAAAAAAAAAAUUAUACUUCUGAAUUAAUAUUACCAGAUGCAUUCAGAUUUAGACAUUUUCUUUCUAGUACAUUUGUUUCCUAUACUGUUAUAAUUUUGUCUAAGAAUUUCUUUUUUUUUUUUUUUUUGAGACAGAGUCUCGCUCUGUUACCCAGGCUGGAGUGCAGUGCCGUGAUCUUGGCUCACUGCAACCCCCCCGCCCAAGGUUCAAGCGAUUCUCCUACCUCAGCCUCCUGAAGAGCUGGGAUUACAGGCACCCGCCACCACACCCAGCUAAUUUUUGUAUUUUUAGUAGAGACAGGGUUUCACUAUGCUGGCCAGGCUGGUCUCGAUCUCCUGACCUUGUGAUCUGCCCACCUCGGCCUCCCAAAGUGCUGGGGUUACAGGCGUGAGCCACCGCGCCCGGCCUAAUAAAUUCUUGUUUAUUCAUAAUGACAAAAACUUACGUAACAGUUUUAUAAAUUUAAGUAUUAAAUAAGUCUAGCAAAAGACAUAAAAAGAUAACUAAUAAAACAAGUUUAAACUUUAUUGGAGCUUAGUAGCAAUGGCUCACGCCUGUAAUCCCAGGACCCACCGAGGCAGGUGGAUCACCUGAUGUCAGGAGUUCAAGACCACGCUGGCCAAUAUGGUGAACAUGGUGAAACCUUGUCUCUACUAAAAAUACAAAAAAUUGGCCAGGUGUGGUGGCAGGCGCCUGUAAUCCCAGCUACGUGGGAGGCUGAGGCAGGAGAAUCGCUUGAACCCGGGAGGCAGAGGUUGCAGUGAGCCAAGAUUGCGCCACUACACUCCAACCUGGGCGACAAGAGUAAGACUCCAUCUCAAAAAAAAAAAAUUUUUUUUUGGAUAAUAUCAAGGCAGAAUAAAGUAUAGUAUCAACCUUGACAAGGUAGAUAAUAGGGAAUGCAGAAUAAAGGAUCGGGCUUCAGUAAGUGACAAUCUCAUCAUGAAUUCAUUUAUAGUUCCACCAUGUAAUAUGUCUUAAAUACUAUUUCUUUUUUUUAAUACUAUUUCAAGAACUGCUCAUGAGUUAGGAAAUAGUGAGCAGUAAUACAGAAAUAAUGGCAGGACCAGGGGCAGUGGCUCACACUUGUAAUUCCAAAGCUUCGGGAGGCUGAGGCAGGAGGAUCACUUGAGCACAGGAGUUCAAGGCCAGUCUGGGCACAUAGUGAGACACAGUCUCUAUAAAAAGAAAUUUUUAAAAGUAUCUAGGCAUGGUGAUGUGCACCUGUAGACCCAGCUACUCAGGAGGCUGAGGGCGGAGGAUGGCUUGAGACCAAGAGGUGCAGGCUGCAAUGAGUUAUCUUGCCACUGUACUCCGCCUGGGUGACAGAAUGAGACCCUGUGUCAAAUUAAAAAGAAAAAAAGAAGAAACAAUAAUUAUUUCCCUGGCCGGGCGCGGUGGCUCACGCCUGUAAUCCCAGCACUUUGGGAGGCUGAGGCGGGUGGAUCACCAGGUCAGGAGAUCAAGACCAUCCUGGCUAACCCGGUGAAACCCUGUGUCUAGUAAAAAAUACAAAAAAUUAGCUGGGCGUGGUGGCAGGCGCCUGUAGUCCCAGCUACUCGGGAGGCUGAGGCAGGAGAAUGGCGUGAACCCGGGAGGCGGAACUUGCAGUGAGCAGAGAUCGAACCACUACACUCCAGCCUGGGCGACUGAGUGAGACUCUGUCUCAAAAAAAAAAAGAGACAAAAGGUAUAUUUAUGGUUCAGCCUCAUUUCUGCAAAUAUUAAAAAUUUUAGGGCAUGAUGUAUACAUUUUAUAUAUAUAUAUAGUGUAUGUGUGUGUGUUUGUGUAUGUGUGUGAUGGAGUUUUGCUCUGUUGCCAGGCUGGAAUGCAGUGGUGCGAUCUCAGCUCACUGCAACCUCCACCUCCCGGGUUCAAGCGAUUCUCCUGCCUCACCGUCCCAAGUGGCUGGGAAUACAGGCAUGCCCCACCACGCCCAGCUAAUUUUUUGUAUUUUUAGUACAGGUGGGGUUUCACCUUGUUGGCCAGGAUGGUCUCGAUCUCUUCACCUCGUGAUCUGCCUGCCUUGGCCUCCCGCAGUGCUGGGAUUACAGGCGUGAGCCACCACACCAGGCCCAUGUCAUAUGUUUUUAUGAGUUUGGACAUUGGCAUCUGGGACCAGGUACUUCAUCUGGAUUUGAACCACAAUGUGGGUGUUUGUUUUUAAUACCUUUGUGAAAUAAUUUUAAAUUGCCUUAUAUAUUUGGCAUUGUCACUUUGCUGCCCCUACACACUGAUGGAAAAAUUGUGUUCUGCAGAAAACUAGAGUUCCUCACAGGGUGAGGAAGAGUUAUGGUCAUCCGCACAGUUCUAGCCUGUUGUGAGUGUUUUCCCAUGUGCACAGUGAUAUCUAGGCAAGUCUGCCAUGAUUUCCUGGUGAGGAUAAAAUCUAUGGACGGUGAGAGAACUAGUCAAGGAAUAACUGAAGUGAGCUGCAGACAGGAUUAUCAUUUUGAGUAACAUUCCAAUGGAUUUGUCAUCCUUUAAUUAAUUUUUAUUUUUUUAAUUAAAAAAUAAUUUUUAAGUGUAAACUUUUAAUGAUCCACAAAGCCCAAAAUGUCCAUUUGAUUUUCAUAGGUAUCGUUUCCAUAUGCUUAGACUUCCAGCAGCUAUUAGAAGAGAAAAAUAUGUAACAGCUUUGUGUUUAAUUAAAGGCAAAUGAAAUCCA